AUGUUACAACCAAAUCACCCAAAUCUCUUCAUGGUGGAGACUGACCCAGGAGCAACAGGUUGUGCUGCAGCAGUAGCCCGAGUGGAAGCUGGAGUACCACCAGCUAGCAAACAGAAUUGUUUUGCCUGCGGGAAACCUGGACACUAUGCAAGGGAAUGUAGGUCCAACAAUUCCAAUCAUGAUGGAUGGAGAAGCACCCAACCCAAGGGCCAGUGGCGAACUGGCAAUAACCAACUGGCGCAGCGCAACACCAAUGCCAGAGGUGGUAGUCGAUUCUGCUUUGUUUGUGGAAAAAGGGAUCACCUGUCGUUCAACUGCCCACAGAGGCGGACCCAACCCGCAGACCAAGUGGUAGCUGACAAGACCCAACAGCGAACUGGUUCCCCAAACGGGGAGGGGCCGGGAACCACCUUGUUUCCCAGCCAGUAG